GGUCACCAUAUAAAAAGGCAAACCCAAGCCUUGACACACGCUUUUUUGUCAGUCAGGGUGCGUGACAGACAUUAAGCCAGAAGGGAAGGAUAUCUUGCGGGUCUCGCGUCCGCGAUUUGCAUUUGCUUGGUAAAAGUAACUGCAAUUUGAAAUUAUUUUAUUGAUACCUUUCCUUCGCUCCGCGAAUUUCAUGUGUUUACAUUUCGUUAUCAGCUGUUUUGUGAAAUUUGAGUUAUGCGUCGUAAGCAGGCUCGCGGUAAACGGUUGCCUUUGUCAGUAACUUUCGAUGCUGAUAAUUGUGAUUCUGACAAUGACCUCUCUCUCCAUCCAGGAGAAACAGAGGCAGAGGGGUGUGACGAUUUCUUUCCGGAACCCCUUCCGAAUUUAAAUUCGGGCCUAAGCGACUUUGUCGCUUGUGCAAGUGAUAAUGACUCUGCACAGCCGCAGUCACCGAACGUUGUUCGGAACGACAAACAUAGCGGCGUCGGAGGCGAUGCCUCGACUAUUCUUUUGCCCCGUGGGGGUAGGAAACGUCCUGUCGGUACUGAGGCUGCCGCUGACAGCGAGUUUCAACUCAUGACGAAAGGUAUGAGGGCUCUGGAGGAGCAGUUAGCAGACGUUAAGCGUGACCGGGCGAGUUCCGGUACAGGAAACCGAACAACUGGUGGGUAUGAUAUUCAUCAUAUUGAUAAUGAUUAUGUUGUUGACAGUUUUGACUCAGAUUUUUUGAGUAUGACAGACCCGCUGGGUCUUCAAAAUAAAGAUCAAUCUUCAGUUGAUUUAGAUGAUAUAUACUCUGAUAUUUUACCCACAGAGGAAGGUCAUAUGGAGGAUUUGUUUGCCAUCCCUGACUAUGUUUAUGGUGACGUAAAGUUGGGCCCUAGUGUUCAUGAGGGACUCGCCAAGCUUGUAAAUACUGCUUGUAGGAAAACUUCGGACGUUUCUAAAAUGGCAGAAAAGUACCCUAUACCGGCAAAUUGUGCCGACUUGACCGUCCCACGAUGCAACCCUGAGAUUUGGGGUAAACUUGGUAAGCCUUUACAGGCAAGAGAUUUUCAGCUUAAAGAGGCCCAGAAAUCUGUGUCUGACGGCAUGGUACCGGUGAUGAGGCUGACUGAGGCUCUUAUGAGCCAUCCGGACUUUCGAGAGAAGUUCAGGCCUCUGUGUAUCGACGCUCUGUCCAUGCUAGGUAAUGCGGUACAUGCAUUGUCUGUGAAACGUAGGUUUCUUAUGAGACAAGCCCUCCCGCCAUCAUAUCAUGCCUUAUGUGGGAAGGACAUGCCAAUAACUGCAAAUCUAUUUGGGGAUGAUCUUGCAAAGAAGGUGAGAGACAUUUCUGAAGCUAAUAAGGCUUUCAAUGUUUUGUCUUCACGUAAACAGGUACAGCGAGGAGGUUGGAAUGGCGGCCAGAGAGGGCGAGGGGGCUAUGGCCAGUACAGAGGCUCAGGGAGGCCUUUUUUACGGUCAAGCCAGCGGGGCCGGGGACAACGGCGACCCGCACACAUGCAGCAAGCUCAGAGCCAGAGCCAGACACAGAAAAAAGAAUAGCCCCUAAGAAGAGGUUUGCAGGUGUCCACUUCCACAGUGGCAAGGUGGAUAAGGGAAGUGAUGAUGGCGGCUGGAAUUAACCGUCAGUUUAAACCUCAUUCGGUUAGAGGAGCUUCCGUGUCGGCAGCAUAUACAGCUGGGACAUCUCUGAGAGAUAUACUGGAAACGGCAAACUGGGCAUCAGCAGAGACCUUCAGAAGGUUCUACCUGAGAGACAUUGAUGACACGGGUUCAUUUUCGACCAGUGUGCUACAGACAGGACA